AUGGCGCCACGCGAGCUUGACCCCUUGCUCCCACAAAACGAGCCCGCCCCAGAAAUAUCUGGCUACGGCACCAAGUCAUAUACAUCACACCUUGCCUCUCCGCGCCAGGAUGCUCCGCCUGCAUACGAGAGCGCAAGCGAAGACGAGGACAACGUCGAAAGUCAGAGUGUCGCCCAGCGGGCCCUCAGUAGCCUUGCCGGCAUCUUCACCGUUGUCGUAUUCUUUGCCUUCAUCGCGCUGAUGCUCAGUCCAACCAGUCCCACCGACAUGCAACCGCGCCCUCCGGCACCACCGGGCCACAACAAGAUCGAGGAGCGCGUAGAACGCAUCUUGCGUGAUACGCCCUUGUUUGAUGGGCAUAAUGAUCUCGCCAUCCUGAUUCGAGGUGCCUACAAGAACAAGAUCCAUGACUCCGCAUUCAAGAAAGGCUUCGAAGACGGUGGGCUCUAUGGAGACGUUGAUCUGCCUCGACUUCGGAAAGGCAGAGCAGGCGGCGCUUUCUGGAGUGCCUUCGUUGUGUGUCCCGAGAAUGCCAGCGAUGACUUUUCCGACGCAGAGUACUCCGGAGCUGUUGCGCAUACACUGUCACAGAUUGAUCUCCUGCACCGACUCCAAGCCCAGUAUCCAGAUGACUUCACCCCAGCCGGGUCCGGCGUGGAGGACGCCCUGAAGCAAUUCCACAAGUCAAAGUCGAUGCUGUCACCGAUCAGCAUUGAGGGCUUGCAUCAGAUUCCCCAGUCAGCUCCGCUUUCGACUCUUCGUCUGUAUUACUUACUGGGUGUGCGAGCCGCCACCCUCACGUGGAAUUGCCACAACGCCUUCGCCGAUGCUGCCUUGAUCUGGAACGUCAAUGAGACCGUCGUUGCUCCAUACCACCGCGGUGGGCUCACGUCUGCCGGAAGAGAAGUCAUUACUGAGAUGAACCGUCUGGGAAUGCUGGUCGAUCUCUCACAUACCUCAUAUUGGACGCAGAAGGCCGUUCUGAGCAAUGGCACUUCCGCCGCACCGGUCAUAUACUCCCAUUCGUCCGCUUUCACGCUCUGUCAACAUCCUCGCAACGUUCAUGAUGAUAUCCUCGAACUCGUCAAGGAGACCAAGAGUCUGGUCAUGGUCAAUUUCUCACCAGGUUUCAUCUCGUGCUCUCCGCCGGCCGAUUCGUCCCAGCUGCCAGAUUUUGACGAGAAGAAUAACACUGUACAUCAGGUUGCACGACACAUUGUGUACAUCGGCGAGAAGAUUGGCUACGACUACGUCGGACUUGGAAGCGAUUUUGAUGGCAUGGGCGAUCUGACUCCACGUGGGCUGGAGGGUGUCGAUAAGUACCCGAACCUCAUAGCGGAACUUCUUGUUAUGGGCGUUUCCGAUGAAGAUGCUCGCAAAGUCGCUGGCGAGAAUCUAUUGCGAGUCUGGCGAAAAGCUGAAGAGGUGUCGGCACGGUUACAGAAGGAGGACCACGAAGGCGAAGACGAUGUACAUGGCUAUGACCUAUAA